CUCAGUGUCAACCAAACGCCCUUCUCAAUACUAUUUGAGAGACCCUCUUUCCUUUUUCUCCUCACAAUUCGGCAAGAUUCAAUUUUUUAGGUGUUUUAGCCUCUGAAUUCUGACCCCAGAAAAAAGAGAUUGGAUUCAUUCCCCUUAAAAUUCUUUUCCGAGAAAUGUAUUCCUCGUCUUCAUCAGUCAGUGUCGAUGAUGAGUUCGAGAAGCUUGUUUCUAGAAUAAACCCACCGAGGGUAACUAUUGACAACGCAUUUGAUGAGAAGGCAACGCUGAUUAAGGUUGACAGUGCUAAUAAGAGGGGAAGUCUGUUGGAGGUGGUGCAAGUUCUUACUGAUCUCAAUCUGCAAAUCAAGAGGGCAUACAUUUUCUCCGAUGGGGGAUGGUUUAUGGAUGUUUUUCAUGUCACGGAUGAAUUCGGGAAUAAGGUCUAUGAUGAUAACAUUUCGGAGAAAGUUCAACGGUCGCUGGGACCAAGAGGGUGCAGCUUCCGAGCAUUGGAGAGAUCUGUUGGGGUGCAGUCCGCUGGAGAGCAUACGAUGAUUGAGCUUUCUGGUCCAGACAGGCCAGGAUUGCUCUCGGAGAUAUUUGCCAUUCUUGCUGAUCAUAAGUGCAAUGUAGUUGCGGCAGAAGUAUGGACCCACAACUCAAGAAUGGCCUCCGUUGUUUACAUCACUGAUGGAGCGAAUGGCUUGCCUAUUGAUGAAACUGAUCGGCUCGAUAACAUCAAGCAGCUUCUUCUCUACGUCUUAAAAGGCAACAGAAAAUGGAGAAGCACCAAUACAUCUGUCUCCGUUGGCUCCACUCAAACUCAGAGAAGACUGCAUCAAAUGUUGUACGCUGACCGUGAUUAUGACAAUCAAGAUGUUGGUAGUGUGACAGAUGAACGGGUCAAGCCCCUUGUAACUGUUGAAAACUGUGUAGAAAAAGGGUACACGGUGGUGCACAUGAGCUGUCCCGAUCGGCCUAAGCUGCUCUUUGAUACAGUAUGCACCAUAACCGAUAUGCAAUAUGCGAUCUUCCAUGGAACUGUAAAUGGCGAAGGGCCUGAGGCUCAGCAGGAAUUUUUCAUCCGACAUACGGACGGAUGCCCCAUUAGUUCAGAAGCGGAAAGACAGCGCCUAGUUCAUUGCCUCGAAGCAGCAAUUAAGAGGAGAUCAUCUGAGGGGAUAAAAUUGGAACUAUGCAGUGAUGACCGAGCUGGCCUUUUGUCGGAUUGCACCCGUAUAUUCAGGGAAAAUGGCCUUUCAGUCACCCGAGCUGAGGUCACAACGAGGGGCACGCAGGCAGUGAACAUUUUCUACGUGACUGAUGCAUCGGGAAGCACUGUCAAAAGUGAGACCAUCGAGGCAGUGAGGAAAGAAAUCGGGAUGACCGUACUACGCGUGAAGGAGGACGCCUACUCAACCUCACCGCCUGAGCAGAGUGGCGGAUUCUCUCUAGGUAGCAUCUUUCGCUCGAGAUCCGAAAAAUUCCUUUACAAUCUAGGCCUUAUAAGAUCAUGCUCAUGAAAAAGUUAGCUGUUGGUGUAGAUAUUAGUUGGCAUAUUAAACAUAUAGUACCUUAGUGCAGUUGCAAAGUCAGUUUGGUUAGGGAGGGCUGUAAAGCUUAUUAUUACUGUAUAUUUCAGUGUUUUGGGGCUUCAUUUGUCUGUAAAUACAUUAAUAUUCUCAUGGUAAUAUUAUGUUAGUCCCAUUAUUUUUGGAAUGAAAA